UCUCUCUCUAUACGUAUACAUCGUAUACAUCUAAACUCCACUUCUUUUUCCUUGUCUAUAUAAAUGCAUGAAUGUGCCAAGCCCUACAGAAGAACAUAGUGGAAAAUGUUGACGGGACUAAUAACAAAAAUUCAUCUCGUCGGCUACUCUCAGUCGACAUAUUUUGUUGUAUUUAUAUAAAAUCUUGGCAUGGAAUCCCUUAAUUUGCGCUUUGUGCAAUGAGAAGAUAUAAAGAGGGAAACCCAGAUGAAGAUCUGCGUCGUCUCCCAGUUCUUUCUCUUCCUUUCUGUAUCUUUUUUCAGCUCCAUUUUAGCUGCAAGACCCACAGAUUCUGUCAAGUUCAUCUUAGGAGAGGAGAGUUUGGGGCCAUUGAAACACGGGGCUUUGAGCGGGGCUGCUCAAGCGCCGGGGCCUGCCAACGAGGUGCCAUUGAGCACGCUUGUGUUGGCGGAGAGUAGGACGAAGAGGCCGGAUAUUCUUCAUGGGUUUAGGCGGUAUCGAGGUGGAUGGGAUUUUGCCAACAAGCAUUACUGGGCUUCGGUUGGAUUUACAGGUGCUUUUGGUUUUAUUCUCGCUGUGCUCUGGUUUGUUUCUUUCGGCUUGGCUCUGGUUGUACAUCAUUGCUGUGGAUGGAGAAUAAAAGUCAAAGGCAAAGAAUCACACUUGUCACAAAGGAUAUGUCUGAUCCUGCUUCUUGUCUUCACAUGUGCUGCAGCGACCGGAUGUAUUCUUCUGUCUGUCGGACAAGAUGAAUUCCAUGGUGAAUCGAUGCAUACUCUGAAGUAUGUGGUGAAUCAGUCGGACUUCACCGUGCAAACACUAAGAAAUGUCACAGAGUAUCUGUUGCUGGCAAAAACUAUCAAUGUGGCUCAGGUUUUCCUGCCUUCAGAUGUCAAAGAGGAAAUUGACAAGUUAAAUGAAGACUUAAAUACCGCAGCAGAUAUGCUGAGCCAGAAAACAAGUCAAAAUUCUGGGAAAAUACAGAGAGUCUUCAAUGCAAUACGAUCGUCAUUGAUCACUGUUGCUGCAUUGAUGCUUCUUCUCUCUCUUGUUGGUCUUUUUCUAUCCAUUCUUGGUCACAAACAUGCAAUUCACAUAUUUCUCAUUAGUGGAUGGUUACUUGUGGCAGUCACAUUCGUUCUUUGUGGAGGAUUUGUAAUACUCAACAAUGCCAUUUCCGACACUUGUAUGGCUAUGGGAGAGUGGGUAGAUAAUUCUCAUGCAGAGACUGCUCUUAGCAAUAUCCUUCCAUGUGUUGACCAAAGAACCACGAACCAGACCCUCACUCAGAGUAAACAAGUCGUCACUGAUAUUGUAAAUAUCGUCAACCAAUUCAUAUACACCAUCGCAGAUACAAAUCCGUCUCCUCAGGCAAAUUAUCCUAGUUACUACAAUCAAUCUGGGCCAUCGAUGCCACCUCUUUGUUAUCCAUAUGACGGUCAGCUGCAAGUUCGCCAGUGUACUUCCUUCGAGGUGUCUAUGGAAAAUGCAUCUCUGGUUUGGCAGAAUUUUACUUGCACAGUGUCAGCAUCUGGGUUAUGCACCAGUGUGGGAAGGGUGACCCCAGACAUGUAUGGGCAGUUGGUGGCGGCCGUCAAUAUAAGUGUCGCUCUUCAGUGGUAUGCUCCACCAUUACUCAGUCUCCAGGACUGCAAUUUUGUGCGCGACACUUUUCGGAACAUCACUUCAAAUUACUGUCCUCCCCUCGAGCAUGAUCUCCAAACGGUAAAUGCCGGUCUCGCCCUCAUCUCGGUUGGAGUAAUGCUUUGUCUUGCGCUCUGGUUACUUUAUGCAAACCGCCCCCAAAGGGAGGAAGUGUUUGCGAAGCUGUCAUUUAAAAUAAAGAACACUUGCAGAAAUAUCAACAGCAACGCUGAUGUUUUAUCUACAAGCACAACUCCAAGGAGUGGAGCUUAGAGUGUACUAUAUAUAGAGUAUUUAUACAUGCAAUAAAGGAAUGUUUUUUUGAUAAGUUACAUGCAAGAAAGGAAUGUUGGGAUGUAGAAUUAAGGGUAGUUGUAUGAUCCGCCGUCGGGGCCAAAGAAAUUAAGGUGGGGCAAAGCGCCAUUUUGAGUUUUUGGGCGCCGGCGUGUGGUUGCCUUUGUAACGUAAGGUUGUAGCUCGGCUGGCUUUCUUGCCGCCUUAACUUUUGAAAUUGUUUUGGUUAUUGGAAUUUACUAGUAGGUUUGUAGUUUCUA